AACCGCGUGCUCUUGUAAUGCAUGCAUUCUCUUUAUUGCUGUAUAGAUAAAUUAGUGAAAAAUGAUCAAGCUAUAUCGUUCGCCCGCUUGAACGCAGCCAAUUCUUCCUCUCUUUUAGCUAAUUCCGCUUGUUUCAUAGCGAUCUGCGCCUGCUUCUCUGGUUGAUGGUACAUGACGACGAUAUAGCGUUCGUUUAAGUGGAAACCGUUGAGAUUAUCGAAUGCUUGCUUAGAAUCAUUAACAAUCUCGUAUACGACGUAGGCAGUUCCUCUCGUUUCCUUGGUAUUUCCUAGUCUAAUUUGACGUAUAGCGCCAUAUUUACCGAAUAAAUCGUAUAGAUCCUCUCCUGUUAUAGAAUAUGGUAGGUUCUUUAUAUAGAGGAUGCGAUUCACAUCCUGUCCUAGCUUCGUACCAGAAGACAUGAUAGUUCUCUCCAACGAUGAUCGUAAUCUACAAUCCAAACUCAGGGGGUAAACUAGCGGAAGAAUAUCUUCACCAGCAUAUAAUACCCUCCCUAGAGAGUAGUAAUAUCAGCUAUGAGCUCCUACGCACCGAAUAUGAAGGACACGCACAAGAGAUAAGCUCAAAGUUGGCGCGAAACGGCGGUGAACUUGUAGUAUCUUUAUUAGGAGGUGAUAGCACAACCCAUGAGUUCAUAACUGGAUUGAGUGAUCUUGAUAACCCACCAAAAACAACGCUAGUUUUGGUUCCGACGGGCACAGCUAAUGCGUUAUAUCACUCUAUACACUCAUCAUCUACCCUCGACAAGGAUAGUAUCGAGUACAAACUCCUAUCUUUCAAUUCAUUCGUCAGCAAGUCAAACAAUGCAAAGAGGCUCGCCCUUAGUGACGUUAUUGUGGACGAUGGUAGUUCACGCAAGACAGCUCAUGUCGUAGUCUCGACCGCCGUUCACGCUGCUCUUCUGCAUCGCAGCGAGGAACUCAGGAGUGUUGACACCUCAAUCGAACGCUUCAAAACUGCAUUUAUGGAGGUAUGCACGAAAUGGACAGAAGGGAGGUUGAAUUUAUAUGCCAGUAGAGUGUUUUCAGAGGGUGCUUUUAGCGAUAAAGUUGAAGAUAUCACCUUAUCUGGUCCAUUUACCUAUCUUCUGGCAUCCCAUAUCGACAGAUUAGAGGAGAAGUUUGUGAUUGCACCGCACAACACCACUGAGGAAGGCCUCUCGGUCGUUAUAGUCCGCCCAACUCGUGAUCCUCUCGUUAGGGAACAUCUUGAGAAGAAGGAUUAUGACGCAGCAACUCAGACAUCAGCCAAGGUAUUGACGGAUGUUAUGUAUGCUGCUUAUGAUAACGGGAAUCAUCUCAACCUUAAGCAUAGCAAUAGUGAAUUCGUCGUUGAGUACUACCAUGUAAAGUCUAUGUCAUUUGAAGCGGAAAAUCCUGGUAAUUAUGUCUGCGUCGAUGGAAAUUUAGUUGAAUUAAAGAAUAAAUACACCGUGGAUAGCAGUCCAGUAGAUAUUUUUGUACAAAUUUAAAGAUUAUAUGCUGUG